AUGGGGAAGGCCAAAACACGUUAUCAAGACCUGCUGAAACGCUUGGACGAGCAUGAUGUGUUAAACGAGUUAAGCGACCAAACGGCCACAGCUCUGCGCAUGCCGCAGCGAUUCCAAGCCAGUAUGAGUGCUCUACACGAUGCGUAUAUCGAGAACAGUUCUCGUUUUGACGGUAUACUGAACGAGAUUAUGAAUGGCGCCCCCGUUGACGAAGACGGUAGUAGUCAAGUCGGGUGGUUGAAAGGUGCACAAGAUGUUUUGCGGCGAUGGUGGAGUCAUGAUGACCAAUAUAGUAUCAGAUUUCGACAGGCAAUAGAGACUCGGCAGACCAGGUUGCAACGUCACUGGAUGGAUGCGGUCGAGAAGGCUGCGUCCAAGCUUGGAGAUGCGAUACUGGGCCAACGAGUUCUUCAGUCGACAGCCGAUCGGGCAGCUCAGAUGCAGCAGAACGUAGAAAACAUGGUGAGUGAGGCGUUUAAAAGACUUCGAAUGUACCUGGCGGACUCAAGUGAUCAGAAACUGGAAGCGAAGAUCAGUGCUAUAAGGUGUAUAGGAUGUCAAGACGAUUGUCCAGCAGUCAACAUUAAGUGGAAUAAACACGUGGAAAAGGAGCCAACCAGGCAAACUACCGGGUACCAGUUGACAAACGGUGACAUUCGCACAAAAGUAUUUCUUUUGGGAGUAAUGGAAUUUGAGCCGGUCUGUGAGCUUCUAAAACUAGAAGCUGUGAGAGCAUGCAUGAUUGUUGCAGUUCUCGUAAGAAAGGAAGGUAAAACGGUGGUUAUACGAUAUCAAUUUCCAGCUCAAGUGGAUUUGUUGGAUGAAGUGGAGGCUGAUCAGCUCGAAGUGCGUGUAUUUCCAAAAGAGUGUUUGUUAUGUUCUAUCCGAGCGAAGGACCGGCGAAUGGCUUUCACGUAUGGAACAAAUGGCGGCCGGCUUGGCACAGUGUUUCUGUAUCGAUUUGAUGAAUCAUUCACGCACCUCGAUAGAUCACUAUGCGCUUUAGACGCAAAUGGGGACCUCCAGUCGUUCGACACGCGCACUCGUCAAACCUCAAAGAAGAUUUCGCUUCGUGGACAUACCAGCAACGAGCUCGUACUUGGUCGUGCUGGAAUAAAUGGUGAAAAGCGUUUGUUGGUGGACUCCAUUUCCAGUGAAGACCACCGCAAGUUACCGUCUGCAGCUAUUGAAAACAUUUCGAUAAAAGGACUCGUAGCAGUUGGCUGUGUGGACGACGUGUUGUACGUGGUUGACCCUAGCGACCGCGCCAUUUACGCGUCAAAAUUGAGCGUUACAGUUCGUAGCGAUGCCUAUCGCAUUCAGCGCUCUGGUCAAAGUAAAAGUCAAGAUUAUACACGACUAAACCAACAAUCGGGCGAUAAUACGGCAGAACACUGGCUGCGCGUGAUCUUUCACGUGUUUGAGAAGUUCCCAGCGCAAAGCUUCAUUGACGCUGCAAUCAAUCCCAAUUCCUCGUGCUCUCUUGAUCUGGGGAUCGUGGUCGAUGAUACCUCAUACGAUAACUCAGGGCUGAAGACAAUAUGCUCCGGUUACUUCGUGAUGGUGAUCCGUGUGGCGCUGUUGCUCUUGAGUGCUCUGGCCGCCUGCGUGCUGGCCGAUUAUGGCCCGAGGGAUGCGGUGACGAUCCUUACGGACAAGAACUUUGAGAAGGAAGUGCUGCAGAGCCCCGACUACUGGCUCGUCGAGUUUUACGCUCCAUGGUGCGGACACUGCAAGCAGUUGGAGCCGCAAUACAAGGCUGCGGCUAAGAAGCUCAAAAAACAUGUACGCAUUCCAGGCUUUUGUGGAAUUUGGAGUGCUUAA